GACAGCUACCCGCCUGGACGCGCAGCAUUUCAGAAGCGACGUCGUCAUGGCUUGAAAUACGCCUCGCGUUUUCUGUUAGUUGUCGUCCAAUGCUACGUGUUGCAUGAUAGUAUACGUGGAGCCGCUUUACUCCGACGCAAAGUAGAGAAGAGAAGAGGAGCGGCAUCGUCUCCAGUGCACAUAACGCCGUACAGAGCGGGACUCUCCGUUACUCCCCUCGCCUGUCUGCAGGGACAGUGCAGUCAGUGUUGGAAAGCGUUGGCACACGGAGAAAUUCCAGUGAAGAGACAGUUCUCGGCGUUGUGUUUUCCGUCGGCAGAGUGAAGCCAAGAUGCCGCGACUUCUUGGACCGAGGUUAACGCUAUUGCUGUGGAUUUUCAGCCGUAUCAGCAGCUUUGAUGCAGCCCUUCCAUCACCCCAGAAGUGUGAUGAGGCCUUGUCUACGCCGCUGCCCCACAACGCCUUUAGCAGCUCCUCCGUCUUCACCAGCGGCUACGCUCCUGGAUACGCCAAGCUCAACAAGAGAGGAGGGGCCGGCGGUUGGUCCCCACUCGACAGCGAUCAUUACCAGUGGCUCCAGGUGGACCUCGGGAUCAGGAGACAGGUGACCUCAGUGGCCACCCAGGGCAGGUACAGCAGCUCGGACUGGACCACGCGCUACAGACUCCUCUACAGUGACACAGGCCGCAACUGGAAACCAUACCACCAAGAUGGAAACAUAUGGGCAUUCACGGGAAACUCCAAUACAGAGAGUGUGGUCCGCCAUGAUCUGCAGCACGCCAUCGUGGCUCGCUUCGUCCGCUUCGUGCCCCUGGACUGGAGCACAGAGGGACGCAUCGGCCUGCGGAUCGAGAUCUACGGCUGUGCUUACUGGUCGGAUGUGAUUAACUUUGACGGCCAGGGGGUGAUCUCAUACCGCUUCAAGAUGAAGAAGAUGAAGAUCCUGAAGGACGUGAUCUCCCUGAAGUUCAAGACGUCGGAGAGUGAGGGCGUUAUCCUGCACGGCGAGGGGCAGCAGGGAGACUACAUCACCCUGGAGCUGCGGAGGGCCAGACUGCUGCUGCAGAUAAACCUGGGUAGCAAUCAGUACGGCUCGAUCCUUGGACACACGUCGGUGACGAGUGGGAGUCUCCUGGACGACCACCACUGGCACUCUGUGGUGAUUGAGCGCUACCGGAGGAAUGUGAAUUUCACACUGGACCAGCAUACGCAACACUUCCGCACCAACGGGGAGUUUGACCACCUCGACCUGGACUACGAGCUGAGUUUCGGCGGCAUGCCCUACUCUGGCAAGCCCAUCACCGGCGGUGGGAAGAACUUCAAAGGCUGCAUGGAGAGCAUCAACUACAACGGCGAGAACAUCACCGACCUUGCCAGGAGGAAGAAACUGGACGUGUCCAGCUUUCGUAAUCUCAGCUUCUCCUGCGUGGACUCCCACACGUUUCCCGUCUUCUUCAACGCCACCAGCUUCCUGCAGCUGCCCGGGCGGCGGGAGCACAACAUGGUGUCUGUGGGGUUCCAGUUCCGCACGUGGAACCCCAACGGCCUGCUGCUCUUCAGCCCGCUGGCCGACGGCCUGCUGGAGCUGGUCCUGAUCGAGGGCCGAGUCAGCGUCCACAUCAACGUGACGCAGAAGAAGAACACUCGAAUAGACGUCUCCUCAGGCUCUGCACUCAGUGAUGGAGAGUGGCACGACGUCCGGUUUUUGGCCAAAGAGAACUCCGUCAUGCUGACCAUCGACGGCGACGAGUCGUCGGCCGUGCGCACCAACACCCCAAUCCAGAUCACCACUGGAGGCUCCUACCACUUCGGAGGCUACUUCCAGCGCACCGACGUGUCCCCUACUCAGCGGGCCUUCCAGGGCUGCAUGCAGCUGAUCCACGUGGAUGACCAGCUGGCUGACCUGCACGCCGUGGAGCAGGGCAGGACGGGAACGUUCGAGAACGUCAGCCUGGACAUGUGCGCCAUCAUCGACAGGUGUAUGCCAAACCACUGUGAGCAUGGAGGCAGGUGUACACAGACCUGGGACAGCUUCAGCUGCACAUGUGACGGAACAGGAUACGUUGGAGCCACCUGCCACACUUCUGUGUAUGAGCAGUCUUGCGAGGCCUACAAACAUCUGGGAAAGACGUCAGAUGCCUACUGGAUCGAUCCGGACGGAAGUGGAUCACUCGGACCCUUCAAAGUGAUCUGCAACAUGACCGAGGACAAGGUGUGGACGACGGUGAUGAACAACCUCCCGCCCCAGACGUCGGUCACCGGCUCUAGCCGUGAGAGGCGCACUGUCCUGCAGCUCAACUACAGCGCCUCGAUGGAGCAGGUGACGGCCAUCACGGACAGCGCCGAGUACUGUGAGCAGCAUGUGGCGUACGCCUGCCGCACCUCCCGCCUCCUCAACACUCCAGAGGGGAUCCCGUACACAUGGUGGGUCGGCCGGGCCAAUGAGAAGCACUUUUACUGGGGUGGGUCCAGCCCUGGCAUCCAGAAGUGUGCCUGCGGGAUCGAGCGCAACUGCACUGACCCCAAGUACUACUGCAACUGCGACGCCGACCAGAAGCAGUGGCGCGAGGACUCUGGACUUCUGGCUUAUAAAGACCACUUACCUGUCAACCAAGUAGCGGUCGGGGACACAAAUCGACCCAGUUCCGAGGCUAAACUGACGGUGGGGCCUCUACGUUGCCAAGGAGACCGUAAUUACUGGAAUGCGGCAUCUUUCAACACGCCCUCAUCCUACCUUCACUUCUCCACCUUCCAAGGGGAGAUGAGUGCUGACAUCUCCUUCUAUUUCAAGACCUCUGCUCCCUACGGCGUGUUCCUGGAGAAUCUGGGUAACUCGGACUUCAUCCGGCUGGAACUCAAGUCCACCACCGUGGUGUCGUUCUCGUUCGACGUGGGCAACGGGCCGGUGGAGCUAAACGUGCACUCGCCGACGCCACUCAACGAUGACCAGUGGCACCGCGUGGUGGCCGAGCGCAACGUCAAGGAAGCCGUGCUGCAGCUGGACCAGCUGCAUAAAGAAACGAGGCCCGCGCCUGCCCAGGGACACACACGCCUCGAGCUGUACAGCCAGCUCUACGUGGGGAAGCCAGCAUCGUGGGCUUGUCAGGACAGUGCUGCCAGCGGACAGAGGGGCUUUCUGGGAUGCAUCCGUGCUCUGAGAAUGAACGGUGUGACCCUUGACCUGGAGGAGAGGGCAAAGGUCACGCCGGGGGUGAAGCCCGGCUGCUCGGGCCACUGCACCAGCUUCGGGAUGUACUGCCGCAACGGGGGCAAGUGUGUGGAGAAGUACAACGGCUACUCGUGCGACUGCUCCAGCACAGCGUACGACGGGCCCUUCUGCACCAAAGACAUCGGCGGCUUUUUUGAGGCCGGCACCCUGGUGAGGUACAACUUUGGGCCCGAGGCCGGGAGCUCCUCCUCUUCGUCGUCCUCCUCCUCCUCCUCCCAGAUGGUGGUGGAGGCGGCGUCCAGAGAGAGCAAUCUGACGCGCGAGGACCUGGCCUUCAGCUUCAGCACAACCAGCGCCCCCAGCCUGCUCGUCUACGUCAGCUCCCACACGCAGGACUACAUGGCCGUGGUGCUCCGGCAGAACGGCACCCUGCAACUGAGAUAUGACCUGGGUGGUAUGAAGGAGCCUUUCGUGGUGGAUGUUGACCAGCGUAACCUUGCCAACGGGCAGCCACAUACGGUCAACAUCAGCCGAUUGGAGAGGAGCGUCCAGGUCCAGUUGGAUCACUACCCCACGGUCAGCUACUCACUGCCUGAUUCAUCUGACACGGAGUUCAACCUGGUCAAGACCCUCUUCCUGGGGAAAAUCUUCGAAACUGGCAAGAUCGACCCGGUCCUGAUUGAGAAGUACAACACGCCGGGCUUCGUGGGCUGUCUGUCUCGAGUGCAGUUCAACAGCAUCGCUCCUCUGAAGGCAGCGUUGAGGUCUCGUGAUCCCGCGCCCGUCUCCCACCUGGGCAAGCUUGUCGAGUCCAACUGCGGUGCGUCCCCCCUCACCAUCCCACCGAUGUCCGCCGCAACAGACCCCUGGCAUGUGGACGGAGGUCCUGGCUUCCCGUUUAACGAAGAGAGGGUCAUACCAGAUGCAGUCAACAGAAACUCUGCAAUAAUCGGAGGUAUCAUCGCCGUGGUGAUAUUCACUGUGCUCUGCACGUUGGUGUUCCUGAUUCGCUACAUGUUCCGCCAUAAGGGGACCUACCACACCAAUGAGGCAAAGGGGGCGGAGUCGUCCGAGUCCGCCGACGCAGCCAUCAUCGGAACCGAGCCGCCGUUCACAGAGACCAUUGAGGAGAGCAAGAAGGAAUGGUUCAUCUGAGGGAGUGCCGCAGACCGCGCCUGCCCGCACUAAGCGCCACUGGUCCUGCAUCGCUCUGAUCACACGUGACCGAGGGGAGGGUAGGGGGCUGGGAUCUCAUGCUGUUCUGCUCAGAGAUUCUGUACAUAGUGACUGGCUUGUCUCCGAUUUCUAUUGUGUUUGGGAAUUUGAGGACAUCUUUGAAUAUUUACUCUCUAGAUCAAUCAUGCCAUUUUUGUUUUGUACACUGAUCGGCCAAAUCCCGUCUUGCAGUGACUGAGACCCAUAAACGUGCUUUUGUUUUGCUUUUGUUUUGCUUUUGUUUUGUUUUCAUUGCCCAUCUACUUUUUUACAUGUCUUCUUAAGCAUCCAAUUUUAUUUUGUUUUGAAAACUUUACUCCUGGAAAGACAAUGGCAAAUUGUCAGCGCAAAUGUUUAUCUUGGUUUAAAUUAUAUUAGGUACAGAAUGUUUCUUUUUGUAAACUGACAGUGGAUUGUAUCUCCACCAUUAUUUCAAUCUGUACUGAGAGGAACAAAAAAAUGGCACGCAGAGAACAUCUCGUGGAGCGUAGAGAGCGCCGAGAGGCGACACACUGCCAUGCUGCUUAGAGCAGGUCAGAUGUUAAACAUGUUGCAACUUUGCCAUCUACACUUGUGGUGCCAAACUCCCCAGUCUUAUGCGCUUACUUUGUGAAGCUCGUAGGAGUUUUGAAAAACCUCUGAACUUAAUACAUUCAAAAUGGAUAGUGAACAUGUGCUGUACGUUUGGCACUGGGUGCAGCUUAAGGAGACUCUGAAAUUGUCCACAAAUCAGAAUUUUAUGGAGUAAUAAUGUGUUAAAUGGCUUACUCCAUUGUGCCUUGUGGAUUUAGCCACUUAGCCUUCUAGUUCAGCAGUAUUACACUAUACAGAAGUUAAAGCAAAGGGAGAAAUGCAUGAGUCUAAAGUAGUUUAAUUUCCAUGUAGGACAUUUUGUGUUUAUCUUUUUAUUUUAUUUCUGGUCAGUUGUGCUUCACUAGGGCCCGCUCAUUGGCAUGACUCCAACUGUUUGAGUUUAGGUUUGAGGGUUUAGGGGUUUCUUUGUAUUAUUACAUUACAUGUUAACCGCAUCAUCAUAUUAUCAUUUCUGCCAUUAUAACACAGUGAUUUCAUCUGAUCACAAUGUCAUUUUUGUUUUCUCAUUUCUGUGGUCUCAUUGUCACAGGUUUUUUUUUGUGUAUUAUGGCAAAGUAUUAUGUUCCCCCUUCCCCAAGUGGUUGCAAACAAAGCACGACAUGUAAACAAGAGCACCACAUGUAAACAAGACCCUGCUGUCUGGACGAGUGAGCACAUCACCCCCCUGGAUGUGUUCACACACGAUAAAGCCACUUCUGUGCCUGCAAUGUGCAACGUCACCAGGAGAAACAGACUGGCAGCAAAAAAAAAAAACUUGAGAAAGUCACGAUUGUCUGAAGCAAAGUAAGAAUGUGUUACAAUUUUAUUGCAUUUAUUUGAAUUAUGAACAAUUGUUGUUUUAAUCAUGACUUUUUGAGUUUUGUUGUUGUUGAUGUCGGAGGCAUUUCUGGGAAGACGUUGGCUAAAGGAAAGCAUCAGCAUGGGUUGGAUUUGAAGGUGAAGCAUCAGGUGAGACUUCUAAUGGUGAAAUGGAUUGUGCAAAAGUGACAAAACUCACACUGGCCUGGUGGCUUCUGUUCUAAAGGCAGAAUGGGUGAGAACCCAGAAUAAGAAUACGUCUCUUUUGCACAGUGAUGCGGUGUGUCGUGAGGUCUUGUAUGUUUAGUUCUCAGUGUAUAAAAGGCUCGAUUAGGUUUGACAUGUGCCUCACCUUUGUAUGCAUUUUCUUUUGUAUUCCUCCUAAGAAACAGUGAUGGUUUUCUUCUGACUCAUAUUUAUUCUCACAAUAUUCUCUACAUCCCUGCAAAUCACCCCCAAAAUGAAUAAAUAAUAAUCCACAAAAACGGCUGCACACCAACUUGAAGUGAUUCUCAAAAGACCUUGAUGCACCAUGGGAAAUGUAGUCAACAUGUGAACGUGGAACUAGCUGUUACAUUGAUUUUUGCUGACCAUGUAAGCAAUCACAUUUGCUUAGACCAGUGGAUCGUUUGUAGGCUAUGUUAAUGUGCUAAAAGUGUCAGUAAGUAUAUCAGUUAGUAUGAUUUACCACUAGCUGUCAUGAAGGAAUUUUUGCUAUGGAGCUGAAGAGUUUGGGGGGAAUGUAGCAAACGUAUUUGCAUGUCACAACAACCCGUUUGGUUUUAUCGGACAUUCCACUAUAAACUUUGUAUUAUCCUUACCAUCCCUCGGCAACAUGUCCUCACCAUCACAAAACAUAAACACACUGUAUACAGCUACAAUGAUAUUGUUUUGUACAGUGAUACUGUAGGUAAACCAUGCGUUUUGUUUCACAAUAAAUAUGAUAUAUAUAUAUUUUUAUGAAGAUAUUUUAUAGAUGACCUAGCCAUUGUCUGUGUUCCAUCCGUUUGUGAUUCAGGAGUGUGUUGGAUGUUGGCGAAGCUUGUUUUCCCAGUUAGUACUGAUGGAUUCCGUAUUACAUGUGUGUUUUGGUGGAGAAACAUAAACGCUUUGAGAACUGUGCUGUUGUAACAUUUUCCUUUUUUUUUGAUUGCCCGGUUCUAUUCGGUUCUAUUGAUCGCUAUCAGAACCCUAUUUUAAAGAUGGAACUCUUUAAAAAAGAGCAUUCUUUCUGGGCCUUGGUGUGACGGAGAUGAAGCCCAGAGAGACGGAGACAGUGUUCCCUUUUCACUUGCACUUCUAUAGAGGAAAACAUUUGUUUGUUUGUUUACCUGUCUGUUUUGUUUGUUUGCCUGUCUGUUUGUUUAUAUCAGUUGUCAUUCCAUUCCCAGAGCAUAAGACUAAAGGUCAGGCUACAUGAGAGUCUACUGUCCCAAUACGAUCUUCAGUGCUACAUAGUGAUAAACUUCACAUAAAGCUUGAAUAUACAGAAUAUAAAGCUUCUAUUCUUUUUACAUUCUACUCAUACAUUUUUAUGAUGAAAUGUAGCACAUUGCUCUCUUUGAGUUGAAGCAGCAUGGCCCAUUGUGUGUGAAUUGUAUAUACUGGUAAUGUAAACAGCUGUGGAAUAUCAUAUCUGUAUUUAUUAUUGGGGAUGUAUUUUUAAAAUAUUUGCUAUUAUGACAAGUUGGGGAAAUAACAGUUUAACACUUUUUUAUAUUUAGUGCAAUUCCGUUAUUGACUGGAUGUGUUUGAGUUUACUCUUCCAUGAUGUGAGGGACCUGAUUAAUGAAACAAGGGAAUUUAAUAUGCGUAUGUGCUUCUUUUUAUGAGAUGGGGUUAAAAUGUACUUAUGAACCUGUCACUGACAUUAUAUGACAUUGUUUGUGAGCUACUCUGAGGUGCUCAGAUGUGAGGUCUAUAGAUCAAAAGGAACCACUGUCUCCUGAGGCGAGAUCUAAGGGUUGUGUCUGUAUCAUUCCACUUACAAUUACUUUUUGAUAACAUGUCAUCUGUCAAGCCUUAUUUGCAGUAUGUUUUGUGAUAUGGUAUAAAGUUACAACAUUAAAGAGCCUUGCCAUGA